CCACGCGCAGAGAGAUCUCAGGCCGCAGCCGGACCAGCGCAUGCGUACAGGGCCUCCCCCGGGUUAGCGGACAUAACCGGUUUCGGCGUGCUCGGUCUCCUCCCAUCAGUGAGUCCCGACUUUCCGCUCUCCUUCUGCCAGCGCUCAGUGGAAGACCAUGGCUGAUCCUCGCGUGAGACAGAUCAAGAUCAAGACAGGAGUCGUAAAGAGGUUGGUCAAAGAAAAAAUGAUGUAUGAAAAAGAAGCAAAACAACAAGAAGAAAAAGUUGACAAAAUGAAAGCUGAAGAUGCUGAAAACUACGCUAUUAAGAAGCAGACAGAAAUCUUGCAAGAGUCUCGAAUGAUGAUUCCAGAUUGCCAACGCAGAUUGGAAGCUGCACGUUCUGAUCUUCUACAGCUGGUGGAAAACGAAAAAGACUUAGAAGAAGCUGAAGAAUAUAAAGAAGCUCGUUCAGUUCUGGAUUCAGUGAAGUUAGAAGCUUAAAAUGUUUCUUUCUGCUGAAUGAAUUUUUUCCCCAUUAAACACUGGGAUCCAUUCCACAUUUUAUUAUGGUUGGUCAUUCUUUCUGUGUUCCAAUAGUGUGAGAAUGUGAUUCAUUUUUCUUUAUGUAGUUGCAUCUCUUUGACUUUACUUAAUUUAAAAAUGUAUCAAAUAAAUGGUUUAGCCUGAUA